UGUAAUGAAGUAACGACGAAAUGUGGUCACAACAAAAAUUUGGAAAACCUAAUUCGCCCAUAACUUCACGAAUAAUAUUUCUGCAAUAAAGCGAAGUUUAAUGAAGAAACUGGUCCCACAAUGACAACACUCUUUCCCAACAGAAACAAAGUCGGCGGUGAGAUUGGCAGGUCCAGUGGGCGGGGCUUGGGGAAAUGUUGGGACGGUUAGAAAGUCUGUUUGAUAAAGAGUGGGACUCAAACAGCUGAUGGAGUUAUUAGCUUGCUCAGGAAACUAAUGUUUUGCUCUUGGGUUAUAUAUGAAGAGUGCUGCUGAUAUCUCAUAUACCAUUAAAAAGGGUGAUAUGACUGCCUCUCAGGGACCCCAGGACUGGAGCUCCCAACAGACCAAUCUCUCCGGGCUGGUCUGGCAGACUCCUGCUCUCUCAGAGAAGUUUCAGAGCCGCUUCGGCCGACGGGCAGACAGCGCUGACCCUGGACUCAGCUCCGCCCACUCCGACAGCACCGAGGGUAACAAUGAUUUUUGCUGUGCCAGUGGCAGCCCCUCCUUCCAGCCAAUCCGCAGCCAGAUCUGCAUCCCCACCGCCCAUGUGAUGCCCUCCACUUCAGGCCCCGCCCCUGGCCGCCCCCCCCCGCGGCCCACAGAUGAGCCCCCGCCCCCGGCCCUGCCCAAAUCGGCCUCCUCCCCCUGUCUGGAGGCUGAGGGGCGCGGCGACUGCCUGAGCCGCUACCGCUGCCUGGUGAACGGCCUGGACCACUCCCUGCUGCCCCCUGCUGACGGGCUGGGGUUCCACACCCCUGCUGUGGAGCCCACGCUCAACCAGUCCGGCCUGCUGCGCUCCUUCUGUCCCGAGCCCCGCGCCCCGCUGCAGCUCGGCCUGUCCGUCACAGAGCCCGGGCCCGCCUACAAGCCCCUCCCCGAGGCCGACUCGUUUGGCCAUCGGCUAGCCCCGCCCCCUCACGCACAGGCCCCGCCCCCUCACGCCCCGGCCACGCCCCCUCCCUCCUGGCAGGGCGGCUCUGGGAUGGACCCCCGCUGGCAGCAGCUGGAGAAGCUCCGUCUGCAGGUGGAACAGAUGCAGCUGCUGUCUGCAGGCUCUGGGCAGUACUCUUCUCUGUACCCGCCCACUCUUCCCCCAGAGGCCGGAGCCUGGGACGCUGUGGUGAAGGCCAGUGGGGGCCUGCUGAAGGAGAAGGAGCUCGUGAUUGACAGGCAGAAGCAGCAGAUGGCGCAGCUGGAGCAGCGGUUGCGGGAGAGUGAGCUGCAGGUGCACGGGGCCCUGCUUGGGCGCGGGGCCCCCCCCUACCCCGACGUCUGUCUGCUCCGACUGCAGGAGGCUCAGCGAGAGAACGCGUUCCUGCGGGCGCAGUUUGCGGAACGCUCAGACGCGCUGGUGCAGGAGAAGGCGGAGUCACAGCGGAAACUGGCGGCCGAGGAGGCGGAGUCACACAGGCUGAGUGACGCACUGAGGGAGGCGGGGCUGAAGCACAGCGAGGAGCUGAAGAAGCAGGAGGAGCGGAUCCGCAGCAGGGAUAAGCACAUCAGCAGUCUGAAGAAGAAGUGUCAGAAGGAGAGCGAGGAGAGCCGGGAGAGGCAGCAGCGAAUCGAGACACUGGAGCGUUACCUAGGCGACCUGCCCACCCUGGAGCACUACCAAUCACAGAGCAAGCAGCUGGAGCAGGCCCAGGGGCAGGUCUCCCGGCUGCAGGCCCAGGUGGAGGAGCUGGAUUCUGGGCUGGAGGAGGCCCGGGCUGCUGCCCUGGAGAGAGACACUGAGCUGGAGCAGCUCCGCCUGAGAGAGAGAGACCUGCUCAGCACCGUCACCAGCCUGCAGCAGUGUGUACAGGAGAGUCUGGACGAUGGGGCCCGGCUGCCUGGGCUGGAUGUGCAGACCCUGCAGGGAGAGAACAGCAGCCUGAGGGACGAGCUGCACAAACACAAGAAGUUGAUUGAGAAGCAGCAGAAAAUGAUGGAUCAGAUGAGAACACAGAUUGGGGUGCUCCAUGCUCAGGCUCUGCAGGACGAGGGCGGAGCCCAGGCACUGAGGGAGGAGCUCUGUGGGAAGGAGGCGGAGCUUCUGCAGAUGCACCGUGCAGUGAAGGAGCUGUCUGCGCAGAACCAGGAGCUGAUGGAGGGGAAGUUGACUCUGCAGGAGCGUCUGGGCGUGGGGGGGUCAGACCCUGGGGCGCCCCCCUCCCCAGCCGUUGCCCAGCUGACUCAGCGUCUCCAUGGCGACCUGUCUGCCUGUCUGGGGGACCUGCGCUCCCUCUGCAACGUGCUGACCCAGAGAGCACAGGGUCACGACCCCAACCUGUCCCUACUGCUGGGGAUCACCUCACCGCCUACCGGAGCAGAGCCACGUGAUGAUUGGCUGCAGGUUGAGACUCUGGACAGGAAGUUGUCAGAGGUGCAGCAGUUGCGGCAGGAUGUGGAGGAUCUCCGCACGAGCAUCUCGGACCGCUACGCUCAGGACAUGGGGGACAACUGCACCACCCAGUGACCCAGCUGACGCAUUCUGUCCAAUCAGCCCCAUCCAUUGCUCAUGGGCGCAGAGUCACUGAGUCUCAACACUAAGUAUUUAUUCAGAGUGCAGCCUCAGUGAGCCACUCUCUUUACAUCUGCCUGAAUAACCAGCCCUGCCCUGUUCUACCAUAACCCUGGCAUGAACACGCCCGGGGCGGGAGGGAUUAGAGCGAGCCUAACCUAGCGUUGUAAGUUUGGACCCUAGUCAACAUUAAUAACCGCUUUCCUCCGCAGUAUUUCAGUGUGAGGAGCUACAGUAUUCGGGUGAAGAAAACAAACUGCUUAAAUCCGCCAUGAACACCAGCCUGAGCUGCGGAGUCUUCAUCCGCUGUUACAGGGUUUAAACGCCGUGGCUCGUUUCUGCGCUGCUGCCGACGGAGCCUUUUCAGACCGUAACAACGUCCAAGUGCCUAAGAACAGCAAUGCGCUGAGGUUUCUUAUGCAAGACUGCUGUAGGCAAACAAACCAGCCUUCUACCAGAACGUAUUUUGUUAAAAAUGAAGAUGUUUAUAUUUAGAAAUUGUAUUAUUCUUGACCCAUGAUUAAUUUGUAUUUUUUAGAAAUAAAGUUUGUUUUCAGUAA